AUGAAGAAAAUCAAUAAAUCUCCGCCGUUAUUCACUAUUCAGUGCUAUGAAGAUCGAGAGACAACUUUACCUGUCAAGAAAGAUGCCAAUGAUCAAAAUAUCCCAAUUGAUUUUAAAAAUGACAAACAGCCAUAUAACAAUCUGGAAUUAGUACAGAAACCACCUCCACCGCCACCAAUGCCACUAACAAACGGCCAUCAAAAUGGUAAUCACAAAAAAAUAGAAGACAAUAAUUUAAAAUCAGAAGAUGCAGAUGUACAUAAAAUACCUAACUUCAGAAAACUUGGAACAUUAAGUAGGAUACCCACACCGGACUAUAAUAAUAAACCGGAUUUACCUUCACAUCUGAAGACGAAUAAUCAUCGGGAUCAGAAUGCAGAAAUAGAAUCAUUAGAGUCUUACAAACUCAAGAACCCCAUAAAUGUAACGCCCCGGCCUCCAUCAAAUUAUUUCAUUAAAACUUCAAAUGGGCCUGACACUAUGAAAAAACGGCCAGUUUCAGUGACUAUAGGAGAGUAUGUAAACAAUAUUGCAAGAAAAGAGCCAUCUAAGUUGGAUUUCCUUAAUGGCGAUAAAAAUGUUAGAAGAAUAGCUGAUGAUGAGCCGAUCACUAGUAGAUUACAAUCAGAAUUAGCUCUUACAUUAUCUAGGUCAAAUUUACGUAAAAAGACUGAAGCUUUAGGUGACGGAGGCCGC